UCGUACCAAUUAACUGGACAAACAACACUUUGGAAAAUGGUGGUGCAAGUAAGAAGCUAGAGUACAGUAACAUUGACAAACUUUCUAUUUCAAAUGUUCCAUAUGGAUCACCAAGGUUUUGGACUCAUAUAGUGAUGGCCUAUGCAUUUACUUUCUGGACUUGCUAUAGUUUACGGAAUGAAUAUGCAAAAGUUGCGGAAAUGCGUUUGCACUUUCUUGCUUCUAAAAAACGUCGUCCUGAUCAGUUCACUGUUCUCGUCAGAAAUGUGCCACAAGAUCAAGAUGAAUCAGUUAGUGAAGCAGUGGAGCAUUUUUUCUUGGUCAACCAUCCAGAUCACUAUCUAACUCAUCAGGUUGUAAUCAAUGCCAAUAAGCUUGCGAAACUGGUACAGGAGAAAAAAAGUAAGAAAAAUUGGCUUGACUAUUACCAGUUAAAAUUUGAAAGAAAGCAAUCAAGGCCAAUGACAAAGACUGGCUUUCUUGGCCUUUGGGGAGAGAAAGUGGAUGCUAUUGAUCACCAGAUAGCUGAAAUUGACAGGUUAACUAAGGAAAUAGCUGAAGAGCGGAAGAGGGUAAAAGGUGAUCCAAAGUGCAUCAUGCCAGCAGCAUUUGUUUCCUUUAAAACUAGGUGGGGUGCUGCUGUUUGUGCUCAAACACAACAAUCUAGAAAUCCAACUCUGUGGUUAACAGAUUGGGCUUCGGAACCACGUGAUGUCUACUGGGAUAAUCUUGCUAUCCCCUAUGUUUCACUGACUAUUAGGAAGCUUAUCGUCAGUGUUGCUUUCUUCUUCCUCACAUUCUUCUUCGUGAUUCCUGUGACUUUUGUGCAAUCUCUAGCAAAUAUAGAGGGUAUUGAAAAAAGAGCACCAUUUCUCGAGCCGAUAAUUGAAGUUCCCUUUAUCAAGUCUGUAGUACAAGGAGUUUUACCUGGUAUUGCCUUAAAGAUUUUCCUCCUUGUUCUACCAACAAUACUGAUUAUGAUUGCGAAAUUGGAGGGUUUGCUGUCAAUAUCAGCUAUGGAGAGGAUAUCUGCUUUCCGAUAUUAUAUCUUCAACUUUAUCAACGUCUUCCUUGUGAGUGUAAUUGCUGGAACUGCAUUUGAACAACUUGAUAGUUUUCUUCGACAGUCAGCAAAUGACAUAACUAGAAUAAUUGGUGUGGCGAUCCCUAUGAAAGCAACAUUUUUCAUUACGUACGUGAUGGUGGAUGGAUGGACUGGUGUUGCCGGAGAAAUCUUUAGACUGACACCCCUGAUACUGUUCCACCUAAAAAAUUUCUUCCUGGUGAAGACGGAGAAGGAUAGAGAAGAAGCAAUGGAUCCAGGAAGCAUCGAAUUUCAUAUGGCUGAACCACGGUUACAAUUAUAUUUUCUUCUAGGCCUUGUCUAUGCUGUGGUCACCCCUAUUUUCCUUCCGUUCAUAUUGGUUUUCUUUGUUUUGGCUUAUGUCGUAUUUCGCCAUCAGAUCAUAAAUGUAUACAACCAAAAAUACGAAAAUGCUGCGUCAUUUUGGCCGGAUGUCCACUCACGUAUAAUCUAUUCAUUGGUCUUUUCUCAGAUUAUGCUAAUAGGAUUGAUGAGUACCAAAGUGAAUUCCCAGUUCACGCCAUUCCUCAUCGCUCUUGUAGUGUUGACCAUUUGGUUCCAUUUGUUCUGCAAAGGCCGUUACGAACCUGCUUUUGUUAGAUAUCCUUUGCAGGAGGCAAUGAUGAAAGACACGCUGGAACGUGCAAUAGAGCCGAACCUGGAUGUGAAGAGUUAUCUCCAGAGUGCCUACAUCCAUCCUGUGUUUAAAAACGAAGAUGAGGAAAAAGAUGAAGAUGUUGAUGAGAAGAUACAAGAGAGUUUGCUUGUAGCCACGACGCGGUCACGAAGAAAUACACCUGCUCCCAGUAAAUGUAGUGAUGGAUCCUCACCUUUACUCCCAGAGUCUGUUUCUGAAAAUGCAGGCUCUCAACGAUUGUGAUUGCCAAAACUGUAACUGAAUGAUAGAAAAAUAGAUAAAUUUUCGUGUUUUAUACAAAUGAUUGGAUGUGAAUAGUUUAUGGUAUUUUGAUACAUGUGAGUUAAGGUCAGUAUUCAAA